GCGUGUGUGUGCGUCUCUGUGAUUACAAACUUGAGGGCAGAGAAGCCGAGUGCGGCUCGGGAAUGAUGGCUGAGGAAGAGGAAGAAGCUAAGCACAUCUUGCAGAAAUUACAGGAACUGGUGGAUCAGCUCUAUUCAUUUCGAGAUAGCUAUUUUGAGACACAUAGUGUUGAGGAUGCUGGGCGGAAGCAACAGGAUGUGCGGGAGGAGAUGGAGAAGACCCUGCAGCAGAUGGAGGAAGUAUUGGGUUCUGUCCAGGGCAAGGCACAGGCUCUGAUGCUAACAGGAAAGGCACUGAAUGUGACUCCUGACUAUAGCCCUAAGGCUGAGGAGCUUCUGUCAAAGGCUGUGAAGCUGGAACCUGAGCUGGUGGAAGCCUGGAACCAGCUGGGUGAGGUCUACUGGAAGAAAGGGGAUGUUGCAGCUGCCCACACCUGCUUCUCAGGAGCCCUCACCCAUUGCAAGAAUAAAGUCUCCCUGCAAAACCUGUCAAUGGUGCUUCGCCAGUUGCGUACUGACACAGGAGAUGAACAUUCUAACCAUGUCAUGGACAGUGUUCGACAAGCUAAGUUGGCUGUGCAGAUGGAUGUCCUCGAUGGCCGCUCCUGGUAUAUUCUGGGGAAUGCAUACCUUUCUCUAUACUUCAAUACUGGCCAGAACCCUAAGAUAUCCCAACAAGCCCUCAGUGCCUAUGCCCAAGCAGAGAAGGUUGACAGGAAAGCUUCUAGCAAUCCUGACCUUCAUCUGAACAGGGCAACGUUACAUAAAUAUGAAGAGAGUUAUGGGGAGGCCCUGGAGGGCUUUUCUCGGGCUGCAGCACUAGACCCUGCCUGGCCAGAGCCCCAGCAACGAGAGCAACAACUCCUGGAAUUCCUUAAUAGAUUAACCAUCCUCCUGGAAAGCAAGGGAAAGAUGAAGGUGAAAAAGCUACAGAGCAUGCUGGGAAACUUGCGUCUUGCCCACCUAGGCCCCUGUGGUGAUGGUCGCUAUCAAUCAGCCUCCGGGCAGAAGGUGACCCUGCAGCUCAAGCCUCUGAGUGAGCUGAAGCCUGGUGUAAAUAGUGGUGCUGUGGUCCUGGGAAAGGUGGUGUUUAGCCUAACCACAGAGGAGAAAGUCCCCUUUACAUUUGGCCUAGUAGAUUCAGAUGGACCUUGCUAUGCAGUGAUGGUGUAUAAUAUGGUGCAGAGCUGGGGAGUGCUCAUUGGGGACUCCGUAGCCAUCCCUGAGCCUAACUUGCGGCUUCACCAAAUUCAGCACAAAGGAAAGGACUAUUCCUUUUCCAGUAUUCGUGUGGAGACUCCCCUCCUGCUGGUGGUGAAUGGAAAGCCUCAGGGUUCCAGCAGCCAGGCUGCUGCCACAGUGGCCUCUCGACCGCAGUGUGAAUGACCUCUCCUGACCUGCAUGCUGAAGAGGGAGUGGAGGCGAGGAUAUAUGCUCAAGGCACUCGGCCACUGGACCAGCCACAUCCAAUGACUCUGAGGGAUUUGGGGAGGGAGUAUUUUAAAUGAAGACUUUCCCUUUUCCUGCCCAAUAAGAUAUUUUGUGUCUCCUUUUUUUUUUUUUUUUUCUCCCAUCAUGUUCCAGCUCUUUUCAGAGCCACAUAGUCUCAUGAUAUAUCUCUCCUGCCUUUUUUAACUUUUUGACUGCUGUUUUAAGCAAAGAGCUUAGAAUUGGUAGAAGUGUUAGAAUCUUGCCAUGGGACAGGGUCCCCAAGGUUCCUGUUUUUUGUCUCCGUCCUGAGUCUAAUAUGUAUAUAUCAGUUCAGUAUUUAUUGCUAAGGGUAGGGGUGCUUAACUUUUUAAUGGCUUGAUUUUUGAGCAUUUUUUAAGAUUUAAGUUCUUCCUCUAAUUUGGGGCUGGAACAAAAUUAAACUUGUUUCAAAGAAAAAAA